GCGGCUCCGCACUGCAGAUGCCCGCCGGCCUCUGUGCUCGCAGCUCCCCGGGCUCCGCGUCCUCUCCCUGGCGCCGGCUGCGCUCGGGCCCCAGGGACUCUCACCGGGACGCGCUGAUCGAGCGCUGCGCCCGAAGCCGCCACUCGGGCCGGGCCGCGGGGCCCCGGAGCGUGCCCCGAUGAGGCAGGACAAGCUGACCGGCUCCCUGAGACGUGGGGGCAGAUGCCUGAAGCGCCAGGGCGCUGGGGGAGGCGGCGGCAGUGGCGGCGGUGGCGGCGGCGUGGGCACGAUCCUGAGCAAUGUGCUCAAGAAGCGCAGCUGCAUCUCCCGGACCGCGCCCCGGCUGCUCUGCACCCUGGAGCCGGGAGUAGACACGAAGUUGAAGUUCACUCUUGAACCAUCUUUAGGUCAAAAUGGUUUUCAGCAGUGGUACGACGCCCUCAAGGCAGUUGCCAGACUGUCAACAGGAAUACCAAAAGAAUGGAGGAGAAAGGUUUGGUUAACCUUGGCAGAUCAUUAUCUGCAUAGUAUAGCCAUUGACUGGGACAAAACCAUGCGCUUCACUUUCAAUGAAAGAAGUAAUCCUGACGAUGACUCUAUGGGAAUCCAGAUAGUCAAGGAUCUUCAUCGCACAGGCUGCAGUUCCUACUGUGGCCAGGAGGCGGAGCAGGACAGGGUGGUGCUGAAGCGCGUGCUCUUAGCCUAUGCCCGAUGGAACAAGAACGUUGGCUACUGCCAAGGCUUUAACAUCCUCGCUGCACUGAUUCUGGAAGUGGUGGAAGGCAACGAAGGGGAUGCCCUGAAAAUUAUGAUUUACCUUAUUGAUAAAGUUCUUCCUGAAAGUUAUUUUGUCAAUAAUCUCCGGGCAUUGUCUGUGGAUAUGGCUGUCUUCAGAGACCUCUUAAGACUGAAACUCCCCGAAUUAUCUCAGCACUUGGACACUCUUCAGAGAACCGCAAACAAGGAAAGUGGAGGUGGCUAUGAGCCCCCGCUGACCAACGUCUUCACGAUGCAGUGGUUCCUCACACUCUUCGCCACGUGUCUGCCCAACCACACUGUCCUCAAGAUUUGGGAUUCUGUCUUCUUUGAAGGUUCAGAAAUCAUCCUACGGGUGUCACUGGCAAUCUGGGCAAAACUGGGAGAGCAGAUAGAAUGUUGUGAAACAGCAGAUGAAUUUUACAGCACCAUGGGGCGCCUUUCCCAGGAGAUGCUAGAGAAUGACCUCCUGGAAAGCCAUGAACUCAUGCAGACAGUUUAUUCUAUGGCACCGUUCCCUUUUCCACAAUUGGCAGAGCUGAGGGAAAAAUACACCUACAACAUCACACCCUUCCCAGCCGCGGUGAAACCUGCCUCAGUUCCUGGGCGGCGUGGUAAGAUCAGAGACAGUGAUGAGGAGAAUGACCCAGACGAUGAAGAUGUCAUUGCUAAUGCAGUAGGUUGUCUUGGCCCUUUCAGUGGGCUCCUAGCACCUGAACUGCAGAAGUACCAAAAGCAGAUUAAAGAAACAAGUGAAGAGCAGAGUCUGAGAUCCAAUAACAUUGCCGAGCUGAGUCCGGGAGCCAUCAACUCUUGUCGAAGCGAGUACCAUGCGGCUUUCAACAGUAUGAUGAUGGAGCGCAUGACCACAGAUAUUAACGCACUCAAGAGGCAAUAUUCUCGGAUCAAGAAGAAGCAGCAGCAGCAGGCACAUCAGGUGUACAUCAGGGCAGACAAAGGGCCGGUCACCAGCAUCCUCCCGUCUCAGGUCAACAACUACCCGGUCAUCAACCACCUGCUCCUGGGGAAGAAGAUGAAAAUGUCCAACCGAGCUGCCAAGAAUGCCGUCAUCCACAUUCCGGGUCACCCGGGCGGCAAAGCAUCCCCGGGCCCUUACGAGGACCUGAAGACGAAGCUCAACUCGCCGUGGCGAACUCACAUCCGGGUGCACAAGAAGAGCAUGACGCGGAGCAAGAGCCAGCUGGGCUGCGGGGACACGGUGGGGCUGAUUGAGGAGCCAAGCGAGGGCUGUGGGCCUCGGAGCCAGGGCGCGGAGGACGCAGCCUUCCCCGCGGGGCCUGGAGUGCAGCCGGCGACGGCGCCCGCAGAGGGUAGCGCGGGCCGGACCAUCGAGGGGCGCUCCCCGGAGCCCGCGUUCCCCGAGGCCGAGGCCGACGUGUCCGAGGUGCAGGUGAAGCUGGAGGCCUUGGACCUGAGCCCCCAGGCCGAGGGGGCGGCCGCGGGAGCCAGAGCGCAACCGCCCGGCCAGCGCUACUUCCCGGAGCUGCCGCUGGCCCCCGCCGAGAGCAAAGCCGCCACCAGCACCCCUCCCCAGGGCGGGCACCCCAAGACACCCAUCUUUAGCCCCUUUCCCAGCGUCAAACCCUUGCGGAAGUCAGCCACCGCCCGGAACCUGGGGCUGUACGGGCCGACGGAAAGAACCCCCAGCGUGCACUUCCCGCACCUGAGCCGCAGCUUCAGCAAACCAGGCGGCGGCACCAAGAAGCGGUGAUGCGCUCCCUGCAUCCCGGGCCGCAGGUGGUGAU